CGGCGCCCAACAGUCAUAGUUAUUUGAACACCACAACGAAAAGGUGAAAAAAAUAUAACUGAAAAAUGUUUGUUAUAAAAUGUACGAUUGCUAUAGCUUUGAUAAGUCUACUUUCCAUUUAUGGAGUGGAGAUGAAAUGCCCACCGAAAAAUGAUUCACAGUCAUUGGAUUUGGAACAGUUUCAGGGAAAUUGGUACAUGGUAGCUGGUGUUUCGUUAAGAAGAGGUCGAAAAACUAAAUGUAGCCGAGUAGUUGUAGUACCGAAUUCCGAAAAUUCAUUUUUAAUGAAAUUUUCAUCAAUUGAUGUCACAAAUAAUAGUACCAUAAAAUUUGCAAUAGAAAGCAAAACUGAUGAUAAUAUCACCGGGUUUCUUAAAGGAUUGUCAGGAAAUAUAGGACCAAUAAAACACAGAUUAAUUGCAGCAGAUUAUGACUUAUAUGCCGCAAUUGUUGGGUGUUUUAAUAGAUAUAAUAACAAGAAUCAUGAGGAACCUACAUUCUCAAUGAUCCUGUCUCGUUACAAAACAUUGCCUUUGCCGAUAUUAAAUCAUCUUAAAUUCAAACUCAACCAAUAUAUCGGUAAAAAUGAUAAAAUAAAUGACAUAGAUCAAAGUUGUUAAUCCUAAUUUUCAUAGUACUGACUCGUUUAAGUAGUAUUUAAUUAUGAAUAUCAUCUAAUUUUUUGUAAUCGUGAAUAUGUAUUUUUUAAUAAUUGAACGAAAAUCAAACUUUGACAUUAUAAAUUUAUAAAAUAGUAUAUACUAUGUAAUGAUUAUAAUCUUUUUCGAUAAAACUUUAAUUUAUUUUAUUUAAAUUUGUUUAAAAUUUGAAAAGGGCAUUUUUGUCUUGCUAACUUUUAUGGUAAUUAGAAAAUAAAUUGUUGUAUCUGUAUAUUUUUAAGUGUAUUUACUAUAUUUUUUGAAUAAAUUGAAAGAAUUGAGAUUA